UUGAUAACAAACCACGUGUGUUGUAUGUUUGUAAAAUCUUUUUUCAAUUUCAACACAAAAAGUCAAGCAAACCAUUACGAGUGAUAAAAAAUUUGUGUAUUAAAUAAAUUAAAAUCAAAAUAUCAAUAAAAAACAUGAGUGAAGCUACAAAGUUAUCAAUGGAAAGCUUAAAUAUUAAAGAUAAAGUAAAAACAUCUGUCACAAUGAAAGCUGAUACUAAUCCAACACCAUCGUCAUCAUCAACAAAUACUAAAAAAAAAUUACCAACAUGUAUUAUUGUAUUAGGAAUGGCAGGAUCUGGAAAGACAACAUUUGUCAAUAAAGUAGUAUCAAAAUUAUAUGAAACUGGUAAACCAUAUGUUAUUAAUCUUGAUCCAGCAUGUAAAGAAGUACCAUAUCCAGUAGAUAUUGAUAUACGUGAAACAGUUAAUUAUAAAGAAGUCAUGAAACAAUAUCAUUUAGGACCAAAUGGUGGUAUUGUAACAUCACUAAAUUUAUUUUCAACAAAAUUUGAUCAAGUUAUUGAACUUAUUGAUAAAAAAAGUGAUGAACAUGAUUAUGUUGUACUUGAUACACCUGGACAAAUUGAAGUAUUUACAUGGUCAGCAAGUGGUACUAUCAUAACUGAAGCACUUGCAUCACAAUUUCCAACUAUUAUUGUUUAUGUCAUGGAUACUGUUAGAAGUACAAGUCCAAUAACAUUUAUGUCAAAUAUGUUAUAUGCAUGUUCAAUUCUUUAUAAAACAAAAUUACCAUUUGUUGUUGUUAUGAAUAAGAUUGAUAUUAUAGAACACGCAUUUGCAGUUGAAUGGAUGCAAGAUUUUGAAGUAUUUCAAGAAGCACUUGAUAAAGAACAAAGUUAUAUUAGUAAUUUAACAAGAAGUAUGUCAUUAACACUUGAUGAAUUUUAUUGUCAUCUUCGAAGUUGUGGUGUAUCAUCUAAAACUGGACAAGGAAUAAAUGAUUUUUUUGAUAAAGUUCAAGAAGCUGUUGAAGAAUAUGAAACAGUUUACAGACCAGAAUGGAUACAAUUGAGAGAAAUAGAAUCAGAUAAACGUGAAAAAGAAAUAUUAAAUUUGAAUAAUUUAGUUGAAAAUGCUAAAAGUUCAUUAAUAACAGCAACACCAAAAGGUCGUGAUCUUGCUAAUGUUUAUUUAAAAAAUACUGGUGAUGAUGAUGACGAAGAAGAUGAGGAUGAAAUAGAUAUACCAACAGAUCCAAAGGGUGAAGAAGCAGAAGAUGCCAUAUUUGAAUCACAUUUUAAGAAAUAAAUAAUUAAUAACAGUAAUUUUCUUUUUUUCAUCAAAAUAUAUUAUAUAAAAAACUUAUGUUAAAUAAAUACAGUUAAAUUAAUCAUCAUUUUCUGCUUCAUCAGCAUAAUCUUUCAUUUUAACAUCAGCAUCUUCACCAAAUUGUAUCAUAUUGUCAAUUGUCAUUACAAUAUCAGCAAUAUUUUCUUCAUCAUCUUUAUUCAAAGGCAAAAAUCUAACAAGGCUGUAAUCUUCAAUAAGUUUACCAAGUGCCUCUGUUAAGUUUCUAUAUUUUUUAUGCCAAGGAUCAUCAUUUGUUUCUGCCAUUAAACUGUCUGGAUCUGGUUCAAGAUAAUUUUCUAAUUGUUUUCUUGAUGAUUUUGAUAAUAAAUCAAUUUUACUUAGUAUAUUAACAUGUGGU